AUAGAUGCUCAUGUCUCUUAUUCUCUCCCUAAGUAAUUCCAUACGCCUUAAUUUCAAAAACAAAAAUAAUAUAAGUAUUUGACUGAAAAUAUUUCUCUGAUAUACACUUGUGGAAUCGACGAACUGCCUGCUAUCUCGACUGUAAAAGAAUCACUGAAAAUAGAUAAACUAACACUUUUAUACUUUCAGUACAAUAAUUUUGUAAAUUUUUCACGAAAAGUUUACCAUCAAAAUUGAGAAAAUGAUAUUCAGAUCUUUUUAUUUUCUUUUUUUAAUCAUAUUCACAGUGAAAAGUGAAAAUAAUGCAUUUAAUAUUAUGCAAAAUAUUUUGUCGGAAUAUGAUAAUACCACUGCAGCAGAUAAAAACAUUUCUCCGUGGUUUCUUAAACAAGUAAUAAAUUUCUUAAAAUGUGGUCCUUUACCGAAGUUACACAACGGUAGAAUACAAUCUAUCAUAAAGUGGGAAGAACAAAAAAUAUAUCUGGAACAAAAAUGCAACCGCUAUUUUCAAGCAAGCCACCGAAAUACGACCGACGUUGUUUGUCUGAAUGGUAAAUGGAAGUAUCAAGAUAAAAAAUGUAAGUUAACAACCUGCCCAAUUUUUCAUAAACCUGCUCACAGUAUCUUAACCGAUGUUGCAUACACAUAUAACUCUGUUGUUUACUUCUCAUGCUUUUCUGGUUAUUCUAUGCGAGGAAACACUACAAUACGUUGUCAAGAAAAUAGGCAGUGGUCAACUCCACCACCAGUUUGUGAAAGUACUAAAUGUCUUCCACCGCAUCCACCGAAAAAUGGUAGUGUAAACAAUACAAAUGAAGUUAAAAUUAACGAAACCAUUUCUUUCAGUUGCUCAAAACCAUAUAAUCUGAAAGGCGAAUCAGUGUUAACUUGUCUUGAAGAUGGUGAAUGGAACUUUCCGACACCUAUCUGCACGUUGAAAUGCUUUGUACCGGAAAUUGCUGGCAGAGUGGUGACUAUUUCUGAAGGUACAAUUUUAAAACCCAGAACAUUAAUCAAUGAAGGAGGGAAAGUGAUAUAUUCUUGCAAACGAUCUUUCAUUCCAGUUGCGUUUGGUGUCGUUCAAUGCUUGUCAGGUAAAUGGUACCCAGACAUACAGUGCAGAAAAACGUGUGCAAUUGAGGCACGAAGUGGAUUAAAUUUUAUUUUGUUGCGUAAUUCUUCAGUUAUCGAAUACAGCUGUUCAGCAGGAGAAACAUUGUUGGGAGAUUCUAUCAGAACCUGUUUCGAAAAUGGAACCUGGAGUGGGACACUUCCAAGGUGUGUAAAAGGCUGUCAACUGUUACCCGAAUUUGGCAUAUAUAGCUACCGAUAUUCAUACAAUUUACAAUAUCUUCCAUUUGGCAGCUCAGUUCCACAAAAUACGAAUAUUACUUAUUCAUGUCGCGUCAAUUACUUUAGGUUUUCCUACGAAAGUUUAACUUGUAAUAAUGGUGUAUUGAAUCCGCAACCAAUCUGUUCAUAUAUGAAUAGAAGUGAUGUUUGGCUGAAUAAAAAGAACUCUCUUCAGUACAAAAAUCGUUCAACAGUGUCG